AUGCACACUCCAUCCUCCAUGGUGAUGGGGAUUGUCUUUGCCCCUUUGGGAUUGGUCCUUGUCUUCACUGCCGCCAUCACUCCUCAGUGGAGAGAGGGACAGACACGUCUGGGGAUGACGGGCUCGGGGUCACUUCUUCGGUUAGGAGUGAAAGGUCAAGGGAUGGGGGUCAAGUCCGGGUCAGUGGAGGCGCUGCUCCUUCUACGCUCUGAUGGACUAUGGGAGAGCUGCCUGCAGGUGGAGCACUCGGAGCUGAAGCAGUGCUGGCCUGUGGCAGGUCCGUAUCAGAGAGACCCGAGGGUUCGCUUGGCACAAGGUUUGAUCCUGACCUCGUUGUUCCUGUGCAGCACCGGCAUUGUUCUGGCAUGUAUCGGGGUCCGGUGUUGGACAGACAUCCCUCUGAGAGGUGUAGCAGCUACAGGUGGACUCCUGGUGGUGAUGGCCGGGCUGCUAAGCCUGACUGCACUCGGGGUGUACACCCACAACCUUGCAAGACUGGGGAUGGCAGAUCCAAGUCAGGGGAUCAAUAACCCCAGAUUCCCCCAACUCAGCCUGCGUCCAGCCGGCUCGCUCUACUUUGGGUGGCUGGGUGCAUGUUUACAGGUGCUGGGAGGCAGUGCUCUGCUGUUCAGCUUCAAACGACCAAGAUACCCGACCUGCCCGUCCUGCCCAGGGCUUCCUGUCUGCCCUGCCUGCCGUUCAUGUCCUGAGAUCACCAACAAGUCAGACACGGAUGUAUAUGAAGUCAGCUGUUAG